AUGGUGGCUGCCAUUUCCGACCCGAAACCCACGACCCGGCCGCCGCUUCUACCCGAGAAAGACAAUGCCUCCUCCGCUGCCGCCGCUGCGGCUCAACGACGCGUCGUUUCUCGCGGCAGACAGGUCUCCUCCAAGUACAUGUCCACUCCUUCUCCUUCUUCCUCAACCUCAACCUCUACUUCCACCACAGUCUCUUCUUCUUCGGUUUCUUCUAGAAGAUGCCCUUCGCCGCUGCUCUCCAGGUCCAUGAAUUCCACUCCGGCGUCGAAUUCGGGCCCGAAACGGGCCCAAUCCGUGGACCGGAGGCGACCCGGUACGCCGCAGACCCGACCCGAGCAGCGCCUGAGCAAUGCGGGUUCCGAAGUCUCCGCCGCGACCCGGCUUUUGGUCACUUCCACGCGGAGCUUGUCGGUUUCGUUUCAGGGCGAGGCGUUUUCGCUUCCGAUUAGUAAGACCAAGGCGGCGGUGGGGACUCCGGCGAGGAAGCCCACGCCGGAACGUCGGAGGUCGACGCCGGUGAGGAGGGAGGGAGGAGAUCAGGUGGAGAAUUCAAGACCCGGUGAGCAGCACCGGUGGCCGGGACGGAGCCGGCAGCCGGCGGUGAGUUUGAGUAGGAGUAUGGAGUGUGGUGGUAGUGUGAAUAAUGGGGUUGGAUCUGGUGUGGUAGCUAGGGCUUUGUUGUUGCAGCAGUCUAUGGUUGAUGAGAGUAGCAGAGGAGGAUCAAGGUCAAGAUCGUCUUUUGAUGGUAGGUUGAGCUUGGAUUUGGGGCAUUUGGGUGGCAAUGCAGAUGCUUUGAGAGCUUCUCACCACAACCCAGAUGCUAGUUUUUCGGCUAAUGAGUCCUCCGUGCCGUCUGAUCUCACCGCUUCCGAUACAGACAGUGUCUCCUCCGGUAGCACUUCAGGUGUUCAGGACUCUAAUGGGGCUGCCAAGAGCCGAGGAGGAACUGCCGUCCCUCGCGGCAUUGCUGUGUCUGCAAGGUUCUGGCAGGAGACUAAUAGCAGGUUGCGGCGCUUGCAGGACCCCGGGUCACCUCUGGCUACUAGUCCUGUGUCGAGAGCAGGGGCCGCGGGGAAGUACAUUCAGUCGAAGAAGUUUAAUGGUGGUGAUAGCAACGCUGUGUCGUCUCCCAGGACAAUGUCUUCUCCCAUUAGAGGAGCUACUAGGCCUGCUUCGCCCGGGAAGCUGUGGACGUCUUCGUCUUUGUCACCGUCCAGGGGGAGUGCUAGUCCUUCUCGGGCGAGGAAUAGUUUUAGUGGUCCGGGUCAGUUGAGUAGUGGUUAUGCUGCUAGUACGCCUUCGUUUCUUAGUUUCUCUAUUGAUACUCGGAGAGGGAAGAAGGGGGAAGACCGCAUUGUUGACGCACACAUGCUCCGGCUUCUGUAUAACCGUUAUGUGCAGUGGCGGUUUGUAAAUGCAAGGGCAGAUGCUACAUACAUGGUGCAGAGAGUGAAUGCAGAGGAAAAUCUUUGGAAUGCAUGGGUAACAAUCUCAGAGCUACGGCAUAAUGUCACACUUAAAAGGGUCAAGUUACUCUUAUUGAGGCAUAAGUUGAAGCUAACUUCUAUCCUCAAAGGACAAAUCACGUAUUUGGAAGAAUGGGCUCUUCUGGAUAGAGAUCACUCUAGUUCUUUGCUAGGAGCGAAUGAAGCUUUGCAAGCCAGUACCCUCCGUCUUCCGGUUGUUGGAAAAGCAAUAGUUGACUUUCAAAAGCUGAAAGAUUCUGUGGUCUCAGCAGCUGAUGUGAUGCAGGCAAUGACAUCCUCGAUAUGCUCUCUUUCAUCAAAGGUGGAAGAAAUGAAUUCCUUGGUAUCUGAACUUGUGAAGGUGACUACAACAGAACGUCUUGUGCUUGAACAAUGCAAAGAUUUUUUGUCGACGUUAUCGGCCAUGCAAGUCAAGGACUGUAGCUUGAGAACACAUAUAAUUCAACUAAAACGUCUACCAUUACCCGCAGCCUGACAACACGUGUGUAGAACUGAUAUUAUUUGACUACUCACUCCUAAUGCUAACCAUUACACGGAAAGUUUCUUUUUCCACCAUGCGGAGGCGCCAGAGGUAAUAUGGAUGGAUGAAAUAGCUAAUUUUGGCUUCUGAGUUUGGCAUUUUUGGAACCUGAUGUGGUCUUCUCUAUGUCAUGCAUCUCAUGUAUGUUUUGUAUCUGAA